UUAAAAUAGGCAGAGAAGACCGGAAAGCAUAUUUUAAUAAACUUCCCUCGACUCUAGAGAGAGUAGCAAUGACCCUUGUUCAUCUCUCGUUCGUUGUUUCCUGUCUCUUAAUUUCAUUCUCCUGUUCAUCAACUUCCGGAAUCACUCUCAAAGGUAUUGAUAUUGAAAACCCACAAGUAGAUGUCAACCCAGCACGGCCUUCUGGCUCCAAAGAUGCUUUGUUUUGUGAACGGGUUCGAGUUUCUGGAAUAUCUAGAUCCAAACUUGGGAGCUAUGCAAAUUCCUUUCGGAUUGCUCUGUCUCCGUCUGUGCUAGUCCCAGAGAGAUUGCAUAGCAAAAUUGAGGUCUGUUUUCACGGUAAUGCUUCGGUUGGACACUGUCAGUGUAGAAAGGACGAGUGGAAAUCUCUUGAUAAUGGCCUAUGGGAAGCUGUCAUGUCCCCCUAUGAUGAAAGAUACAUCGAUGUCAAGUACAUUGGCGAUUUUCUUGGCUCGUCCACCAUCACGGUUGAAGAAGUUUCUCAGCAAUGGCGCCUUUGGUUUCUGGCAGUCGGCUUCAGUUUACUAUUGCUGGCACCGAGCAUCAGUAAUUGGGUUCAUUUUUAUUACAGCACUUCAAUGGUUAUAGGAGUUUUUAUGGUCAUUAUAUUCCUUCUCUUCCAGGGAAUGAAAUUGCUGCCAUUUGGAAGAAAAAACUUCUUGUAUCUUGUUACUCUAUAUGGAUCAGUGCUUGGAAUUGGAUCUUAUCUUUUUAAUCACUUCUCUGCCAUGGUAAAUUCAAUUCUUGUAAACUUUGGGAUAAGCGAGGACAUGCAUAAUCUGAUAUCUAAAUUUUUAUUGGGGGCUAUCAUCCUUACGGGUGCUGCACUAGGUUUCUGGAUUGGGAGGAAGCUUUUCAUCUCAAAGGAUGGAACAGUAGAUAUUGUUGUAGCCCAAUUUGCUAUGUGGGCAAUCCGCUUUUUUGGAAUCACAUUCAUCUCUCAGAGCACUCUCGAUACUCCUUUGGCUAUUGGGGCGUUGAUUUCCUGCUCAGUGAUCUGCAAAUUUAUCAGUUCUCUAAAAUGGCAUUGCAGAAUAAAUGAGUUUAGUAAUGCGAGUGGGAGUCCCUCAACGCAGAAAGGAAGACAUAGUCCAGAGUUCCUUAGCAGGUCCAGCCCACUAGAGGCAUGGAACAGAACAAGGGGUGCAUCUGCUUGGUCUGAUUCUCCUGUUAGAGGUGUUGUGUCGCCAUCUUUUAGCACAUGUAAUCAACAUGAGUACUAUUCAACCUUCCAUAAGAUGCGAAGCCGAAAGAAGUUCACAAAGAAAGAGUGGGAUGAUUUUACACGGGAAUCAACCCGACAAGCUCUAGCAGAAUGGGCAGCAUCUCCUGAAUUCACCAAUUGGGUUAUUGAGCAUGCUGACCGCAUAAAAAUCCUUCCAAACGAUAGUUCAGAUGAAACUGUGGGAAGUGAAUCUGAUUCUACUGAUGAGAAUGUCGUGGGUAGCACGGAUCGGUGUGGUUUUCUAUGGUAGUGGUCAACAUAGAAUGUAUUGCAGUUUAGGUUGUCUUAGUACCUGCUGAUGUAUAUCACACAGAUUUGGAGUGCCUGCGGAACUACGUGUAAAACUAGUAUAGAGCUGGGUAGGAAACUAGGUACAACUGGGCGUCUCAAUUUUUUCACCAUCCAAUUAUGGUGAGCAAACCCAAGUUCUAGUAAUUAAUCAUACUUUCGGUCAGUUAUUGUUAAAUGUAGUAGCUGCUAUUAGUUUAAGGCACAUAGAAGCUGCCGUAAAAGUAACUAUUCCUAGGUCCAGUUUGGCACAGAUGUGUUGUGAGCAGAAUUGCUUUUGAAACUGUUGUUAAAAAAAUUAGUUGGGGUGUUUGAUAAACUAUUUUGGAAAUUGGUGUGAGACUGAAAAUCAAUUCUAAGUGUUUUAUUUUACAAGCA